UGGAUCUGAUCUAACUAUCAAAGCACCCUGGUAAUGGGAAAACUGAGCCAAUUUUGUAUCUUUUGUCAAUGGGAGAAACUUGUGUUGAGUAUUUAUGGGGCAUAUGAAAAGCUUUAAUCCCAUUACCAGCAGUUUUGAAGUUGGUGAGGUGGAUGCUAAGUGCAGAGUGGAUCUCAAUUUUCCCACUUCAACAACAGCGAUGGACGCCGCCGCUUCAGUUGUAGAGGAGCCUCAUGAUGCCAUGGAGUUUGAUUCUCAUGAAGCCGCGUAUGAUUACUACAAAGCGUAUGCCAAGUCUGUGGGUUUCGGAACUGCUAAAUUGAGCAGUCGUCGAUCCAGGGCGUCCAAAGAAUUCAUUGAUGCCAAAUUUUCAUGCAUUAGAUAUGGAAACAAGCAGCAGUCUGAUGAUGCCAUCAAUCCCCGCCCUUCCCCUAAAAUUGGCUGCAAGGCAAGCAUGCAUGUCAAGCGCAGGCAGAAUGGGAAUUGGUAUGUCUAUAGUUUCGUAAAGGAGCACAACCAUGAGCUUUUACCCGCUCAAGCUCAUUUCUUUCGCAGCCACAGAGAUGCAGACCCGCAUAAGAACAAUGAUGUUAGAAUGCGAAGACGGAAGAAUGUAAAUUCGGUGUCCAGCUUAUUCAGUGCAUAUCAAAAUGUUGAUUGUUUGGAGAGUUAUUUGAGAAAUCAGCAUGAUAAGGGACGGUCCUUGUCUUUAGAGUCAGGGGAUGCUCAACUGCUACUGGAAUGCUUUAUGCGCAUGCAAGAAGAGAAUCCGAAAUUCUACUAUGCAGUUGAUCUCAAUGAAGAGCAUCGGUUGAGAAAUGUGUUCUGGGUAGACUCCAAAGGAAUGGAAGACUACACCAACUUCAGUGAUGUUGUUUUCUUUGACACCACCUACUUCACAAACAAGUACAAAAUGCCCUUGGUUCUUUUUAUAGGAGUGAACCAUCAUAUUCAACCCACAUUAAUGGGCUGUGCAUUGAUUGCGGAUGAGACAGUUUACACUUUUGUGUGGUUAAUGCAGACAUGGUUAAUAGCAAUGGGGGAACAAGCUCCUCGAGUGAUACUCUCCGACCAGAACAACGCCAUCAAAGCGGCUAUUGGAGCAGUACUUCCAGGCACACGGCAUUGCUUUUCUUUGUGGCAUAUAUUAGAGAAAAUGCAUGGGCAGCUGGAAUUUUUGAGCAUGUGGCUUGAUACUUUUAUGGCCAAGUUUAAUGAGUGUAUUUUUAAGUCCUGGUCAGAAGAACAAUUUGAGAAGAGAUGGUGGAAACUGAUUGAUGAGUUUAAUCUUAGAGACAUUGAAUGCAUUCAGUCCCUGUACAGAGAUCGUACUCAUUGGGUGCCCACUUUCAUGAGAGAUAUAUCCUUUGCUGGAUUGUCUCCAACUUCACGGUCGACAAGUUUGAAUUCAUCAUUUGACAAAUAUUUCCAAGUGGAAACUUCAGUACCAGAGUUUAUGGAAAGGUACAGGGUAAUUCUUGAAGAUAGGUACGAAGAGGAAGCAAAAGCAAAUUUUGAUGCUUGGCAUGAAACACCUGAGUUGAAGUCUCCAUCACCAUUUGAGAAGCAACUGGCACUGGUGUACACACAAGAAGUUUUUAAAAACUUCCAAGUGGAGGUUUUGGGAGCCGCUGCUUGUCAUCUUAAGAAAGAAAGUGAAGACAUGACAACCACUACGUACAGUGUAAAAGACAUUGAAGAUGAACAGAAUUAUACAGUGGAGUGGAACGAGUCAAAGUCGGAUAUAUGUUGUUCAUGCCGUUCAUUUGAAUAUAAAGGUUAUCUCUGCAGACAUGCUAUUGUUGUUCUCCAGAUGUCUGGUGUUUUCACCAUACCUGCCAAAUAUGUAUUGCAGCGGUGGACAAAUACUGCCAUGAGCAGACAUGCCAUGGGCGAAAAAUUGGAUGAGGUACAAUUUAAGGUCCGUCGUUAUAAUGAUUUAUGUCGACGAGCCAUAAUAUUGGGUGAAGAAGGAUCACUAUCUCAGGAGAGUUAUGAUGUAGCAUUAUGUGCCAUAAAAGAAGCUUUGAAGCAAUGCACGAGUUGGAACACCUCUGUUGAAAGCAAUGCAAAACCUAAUGACUCAGCGAUAGAUGGUGUAGAAGAGAGUCAGUGUGGUAUCACAUCUGAUGACAAGAUUUCUGGUCCAAAAGUGAGUGCUCCUAACAAGACUCCUACGAGAGCUGGGACUGGGAAGGUGGUGGCAAGGCGUGGGAAAGGAAAGCUGGAAGGGACGAGAGUUGGAGCGCAAGACAACUUUCACCAAAUGCAUCAAGUUUCUUGCGACACAAGGCCGCCUAUGCUGAUGCAGCAACAUAAUGUGGUUCCUCCACAAUUGCAUAAUAUGGUGCCGUCAAUGUUUCAAAAUGUUGCACCGGCACAGUUCCAUAACAUGGGUUCUCCGAACCCUGUGCAGGAGAAUCGUCUCCCUCAAUAACUCGAACUUUUCCUUCUCUGUUUUUAAGAACGAGUGUUGUAUACUUGUUCAUCUACUGUAAAAAGUAGAGGACGAACUGAAAUGAAGUGCUCAACUUGACUAGGUUUCAGCGCUCCGCAAGUUAACAGGUGUGUGCUAGUGGUGGUCGGGGAACACUGUUCAAAGUAUGCAAGAUGGAUGUAUAUGUUUUGACUAUUGGUGAUAGGAAGAAUGGGAGUUUUAGACGAUUGUUG